AUGGGGCGCAAUUUGUUGAUGAGUAGCCUCGAAAAUGCAUCUUUCAAUAUAAUUCUUCAAAUUUUGUUUCGCUGUAUCACCUUCGUGACUAAUGCCUGGGUGAUUAGGAAUGUGGGGCAUGAAGUGCUUGGGAUAAUGAAUGUUAGACUACUGCUACUGGAGAGUACAAUAUUGUUUCUCAGUAGGGAACCAUUCCACAGAGCUUGUUUAGGUCAAAAGGAUGAGUUUAGUUGGAGCCAUAUUAUGAAUCAGAUUUGGUUAUCAGUGCCCAUAAGUUGUGUUUUAUCAAUUGGUUUUGUGUACAUAUGGGUAAAUAUUUUGCCGUUAGGUCAACCGGAAUAUGCUUCUCAGUAUGUAUUUGGUUGUUGGUCUGUUGCAUUCUCCUGUAUUUUGGAGCUGUGUUCAGCUAAUAUGGCCCUUGUUGCACAAUUGUAUUGUUUUGUGAAACUUAAAGUAAUCCUUGAUUCUGUGCAUAUACUUGUAAGGACAUUAUUGUUUGUAUCCAUAAUUGUGUAUGAUAGAUCAAUGGCACUUAUUGCCUUCUCUGUAGCACAAGUUGGCAGUAUUGGAGUUAUAGUUUUAAGUUAUUAUGUAUUCUUCUAUUGGUACAUUAGGAAUAAACCUCUAUAUGCCAAAGGAGCACUUAAAAGUAAAUUAGUUCCAGAAAAAGUUGUGAAUAGAUUGUUUGAUAAUAUGGAUGAUUUUACAUUUACAUCUUUGAAAGAUUUCUUUCCAAAGUAUGAAGGUUCAUUAAAUUCUUUGUUAAAUAGGAAGUUAAAUACCCUGACUAUUAGUUUUGCUAAACAAGGUGUGGUCAAGCAGCUGUUAACAGAAGGGGAGAAGUAUGUUAUGUCUGUAAGCCCUGUGAUGACAUUUAAAGAACAAGCUACUUAUGAUGUGGUAAACAAUCUCGGUAGUCUGGCUGCCAGAUUUGUUUUCAGACCUAUAGAGGAUAGUAGCUACUUCUAUUUCACUCAAAUGGUCAAGAGGGAGUUGCCAAUUGACAAACAAGACCAAUACAAGAUCCAAGAAUCAUGCACUGUCCUGUCACAAGUGUGUAAGAUUGUCAGUUCUAUUGGGUUGCUUGUUCUUGUGUUUGGACAGAGUUAUUCAAAAACUUUAUUAUUAUUGUAUGGUGGGGAAGCCUUUGUUGAGAGUGGAUUGCCUGUCCAAUUACUCAAAAGUCAUUGUUUAGCUAUAGUUUUGUUAGCUGUAAAUGGUAUAACAGAAUGUUAUUGUUUUGCAACAAUGACUAGUGCACAACUUAACAGUUACAAUUAUUUGAUGGUAUUUUUUUCUAUAACUUUCCUUGUAUUAUCUUAUGCAUUGACAUAUUUCUUUGGUCCUGUUGGUUUUAUAGUGUCUAAUUGUAUCAAUAUGUUUGCUAGAAUUGUGCAUAGUAUUCAUUUUAUCAAUGAUAAGUAUAAAGAUACUGGUUACAAACCAUUAAAAGGUUUGUAUGUAGGCAAAUAUUUUUUGUUGACUCUAUGUAUUGCCGGUAGUGUUUGUAAAGUUUCUGAAUAUAGAAUAUUGUCUCAUUCAAUGUUAACUCAUAUAGCUGUAGGAGGUAUAUGUUUUUCACUAGUUCUACUUUCUUGGGGCUAUGAAAAUAAAGAUUUGAUUGUAAAAUCGUAUACCAAGUUCAGAAAUAAAGAAAGUAAGACAUCAAUGGAUUAGCAUAGAGUUGGAAAAAAGUUCAAUGUUCUUAACAAUUGCAUCGUUUAAUUCUUCAAAUAUAUGUAGACAAAUAUAAUCAAAUGU